GCCAGCCUUGUCACAAAUUAUUUUCGAAUCAGCAUCAAAGUCUACAAUGCGCAGAGAAUGUUGAAAUCCACACACAAAACCACCGCUCUCCCGGAGGGAUGGACAGAGCACAAAGCACCUACUGGCCAUUUGUACUAUUACAAUUCUAGCACGAAACAGUCGACUUAUACUCGACCAGUUGCAGCUCCAUUACCAGCAGCUCCGACACCUCCUCCGCCGAACAAUCCGUCCCAGAGCUUUCUGCAGUAUCAAAGUGUCGAUAGUCAACCAAGUGCUGGAACGGCUUUCAACAACUUUCUUCCUGCAGGACAAUCACAUGGCCGUGGCGGGUUUCAGAGCAAUAGAGGGCGAGGAGGUCAUGACCGAUCGAGAGAUUCCAGACCUCAGCCAACAGACAAGCCAAUCUCACGACAUGCCAUUCCCGAUAAUGAGUCCUGGUUCUUGAUACAUACGAAGUUGGGAAGGAGGUUCGUUUACAAUGCCGCGAAAGACCAGAGUUUCUGGCGCAUCCCCGACAAGUUGAAAGAUGGGAUCUUGGCUUUGGAUCAACAGAGGACUAGAGAAAAGGCGGAAGCAUUGGCUGCGCCUAAGGAGCCUGAAGCUCCACAGGGUGCUGCAGAAAGACCUGUGAUUGAACCCACACAAGCUCAACCACGAGACGCAGAAGCUGAGGACAGCUCGGAGUACGAGGAGGUUGAGGUCACGGAUGAUGAAGAAGAUGACGAGAAUCCUUCGAAACGGCAACGAACAGAAGAUGAUGCUCCAGAUGAGCCAGUCGAAUUCAAUGAGGACGAUAUCGCAUAUCAAUUAGCUGCAAUGGGUCAAGAAUAUGGUCUGGAUCCGGGAGAAUAUGGUGAUGAGAAUAUGGAUGGAUGGGAGGAAGGAGACGCAGGAUUGGAGAUGACCGAAGAAGAUUCAGCAGCCCUUUUCAAGGAUCUGCUGAACGAUUUUGGCAUCAACCCAUACAGUCCAUGGGAGAAGCUCGUCGAGGAGGGAAAGUUGGUCGAUGAUCUCAGAUACACUGCUUUGACAAGUAUGAAGGCACGGAAAGAAGUCUGGGAAGAGUGGUCAAAAGAGAAGAUUAAAACUCUGAGGGAAUUGCGAGCGAAGGCAGAGAAGAAAGAUCCCCGAAUUCCUUACCUCACCUUCCUCCAGAAAUAUGCGACGCCGAAAUUAUACUGGCCCGAGUUCAAACGGAAAUACAAGAAGGAAUCAGAAAUGCGAGAUUCCACAAUGUCGGACAAAGACAGAGAGAAAUUUUACAGAGAACACAUCAAUCGUCUGAAGCUUCCUCAGUCGACAUUAAAAUCGGAUCUGUCGACCUUGCUCAAAGCGCAGCCUCUCUCUCAACUCAACAAUACUACUCUACCGUCUCACCUACCUUCUGCCGUCCUGGCAGACAUACGAUAUGUCUCGCUGGAUAGCGGAAUUCGCGAUGAACUCGUUGAAGGUUACAUUUCAACCCUCCCUCCACCGCUAGACACCAAUGAUGAAGAGGAGACGGAGGAAAAGGCUAAAGAAAGGCAGGACCGGCAGCGUCGGCAGAAGGCGUUGGAGGAUCGUGAAAGGCAUGUUGCUGAAGAAAAGCGACGACAGAAGAGGAAUCUGGAAUUUGGGAAGGGUAGAUUGAGGGAGGAGGAAGCAGAAAUAGCCAGAGCGAUGAAUGUCUCGAAGAAGGGACUGAAAGACCAUUUGAUGGAGGAUGAAACAUAGACAGCAGAAAUGCGAAUCGAUACCCAAGCAUCGAAUUCAUCUCAUGAUUCGAUUAUGUCGAGGCUGUAAAUGUCUUACCCCUGAACCUUGAUCGACUCGGCAAUCCAGGAUUCUCGGCUCCGCAAUCUCAACUGAAACAUGAAACAUCUCAAUCACUGCCAAUGAUCUUGCUUCAAUCCAUGCUGCCACAGAACAAACAACAUGUCACCCUGGCCACGGCUUUAUUUGGGUUAAAUGGA